GUAGUUCUCUUCUAUUCAGAACCAAUCCUUCUUAAAGAUAUUAACGCAACUCGUCCGUUUGUAUUUUGCUCUUACUUGACCAAAAUGGCCGAUUCCAAACAAACCCCGGUUAAAAUAAUCGGAUGGAUCUUGCCAAGAACCAUCUCCACGGCUCUAUGCAAGUGCUUGAGUGGCAUCGACGGAAUGGAAAUAUGGUUUGAACGGUUUUCACGGGCGUACAGUGUGAAGAAGGAGUACGAGAAACAGACGGGUGAUAAAAUGCCCCUGGAAUAUGAGGGUAAUGAAGACAAGGUACGGGAAGCUAUCAAGUUGUUCGGCCGUCUCAGUGGAAUGGACUUAGUCCCAGAAAGAGUGGUAUACGGAAACGUGAAGAAGGACAUUGAACGGUCCACUAGCAGGUAUCUAUUUGCCAAAGAAGGGUAUUUCGUUUUCGAAGACAAGGCAACUCGACCGUACCUACCUUCGGGAUUCAAACAUGUAUUCUUCAUUCGGGAUCCUUACAGAUUAUUUACUUCCUACAGAAAAGCCAUGUACAAACACCUUGCAACCGUUGGUAUCCGGACGGGGGAUCCAGACGAUGAAGAAGCAUUCGACAUCGAAUACGACGACCCGAUCGCGAAGGCUAACGAGUUCUACAGCGCAACCUUAGAUUUCUUUAAAUACGUUCGUGAAAAUCUGGACCCAGACCCAAUCGUCAUCAACGCAAACGAUUUGUUGGCCGACCCUGCUAAGGUGAUGAAGAAGUUCUGUCACCUGACUGGUCUUCCUUACAGUGAUUCCCUACUGCAUUGGGAUGCCUCUCCGGACAUCACCAAGACCUGGAAGACAGCGAGCGACGACAUCAUCGAGUUGUCCGGAGCUUUCUUUGAAACGGCAGUCUUCUCAGACGGGUUUCUCCCGCUAAAACCAACCGUCCCGGUAGAAAAGAUGCCACGAGAUGUUAUCCGACUAUCCAAGCAAGCUAUGCCCUAUUACGAAGAACUGAAUAAGUUGAAAAUAUGAAUGAAAAAUUUAAAAUUUCAUCAACUAAGAAAGGGGUGAAGAUUGUUGUAGAAAGAAUUGAUUUUCAUGAAAUAAAUAAUGAAAUCAAAUUAAAACCCUUCCAAAUACAUGAGAGGAUUUUGUUCAUUGCCAUCUUCUUUUAUGUUAAGAAGCUGCUAAUUGCAUUCAAAUGCUUAAUGUUUGAAAAAAAAUAUCAAUGAACUUUUUUGUUGUUGCUAAUUGUGUUGGAUAAAAGUUAGUAUACUUAAUAAAAAAAUUGAAAUCAUAUCAAAUUUACAAACACUUUCAAGUAACAUAUGUAACUGUGAUUGAAAAAAUAAACGAAUGGUUUACAUUCUCUGCUGGCGACUCUUAUUGUAACACAUGUAGUCUAUGGAAUAAAAUUCGGAUGGUACUUCCGGUCACUGCGCAUUUUCAAUUUUGGAAGCAUUACAUGAUGAAUAUCUGGUGCAUUUUUUUCCCAGCUAGGGCUUCAUUUUUUGGAACAUGACAAAAAGACGGUUAACAAUUGUAAUGAUUCUGAGCAAACAUCUCAGAUUGUUUAAUUUCGAUAUAAUGGAAACCAAUAUUGUCUACGAUAGACGGUAUUAUAUGAUGAUUCAAAGGAAUACUUUGAUUAAUAGCCAUCGAAACACUUUAUUUUGUUUUAUCUUUAGAUUUACAUUAUCAUAUGAUUGUAAUCAUGUGCUUAUAAAUUCACUUGCUUUAUAUUUCCAAACUUUAUUAUAACACUCCAUCUCUCCUAGAAGGUAAAUCGCGAUUCACCAACACCCUACUACCCAGCUCCCAUAUCCUGUUAAUGCCCGAUGUAUUUAUUUAUUUAUUUAUUUCAAUAUAUUUAACCAGGGUAGCCCACUCAGCAAUAAAUUGGUCUCCCGUGGGGCCCUGGAAUACAUGAUAAAAACAAGUAUAAAAACAUUCAAAUACAUGUAAAAUAUACACAGAAAUAUUCUAAAUAACAUGACUCAUAUCAUAACAGAAAACAUAGUAGAAAACAUACGACAUCAUUAAAAGCAUGAUACUAAUUAACAAAAUUACACACGAAGCAGUACAUAUAAAUAAAAUAAAGUAGAUAGACAUAAAAAGUUGAUUUCAAAUUUAAGAGGCAAUAAUAAAACUUAGAAUUUAAAAAGAUGCACUUUAAGCUUCUGUUUAAAGAUUGAUAAAGAUUUUGAUUGUUUCAAAUUAAAUGGCAAGUUGUUCCAAAGCAAAAUCGCUGAGUAAAAUAAAUUUGUACUGUUAUUAUUAUGCGCUCCUCUGAUAUUUAACCUCUGUGUGUUUGAACAUCAGGGUAUAUCUUUUUACAUGACCUGUCUCUUGUUGCUCCCUCAUUUCAUAUUUGCUUCAACUUUUUGCUGAUAAUUAUAUUAUAUCAUUAUGUAUGCAUGCACUCACAUUUUUUUUUACUGAAAAGAGAAUUAGAGUGAGAGUAACGAAACCUAGAAUCCUUAGUCAUUUGUGAUUGUAUUUAUGCGACAAUUCUAACAUGUUCAAUAAUACUGUAACGAAAUGAAACAUUUAUUUAAUGUUCGUCAUGGUUUUGGAACGUGGUGUUUGAAAACAUGUUUUUUUGAAGAGCGUAGAAUAAUUUUAAUCCAUGUAUUUAGUUGCAAAGGGAAAUUCAGUAAUCGUUUGUAAUCGAUUAUGUGCGUAUUUUCUUGAAAAUGUAUUUAAGCACUAUUUGCUGAGAAAUAACGAUGUUUACAACUGUAUGAUUAUGUUAGAUAUUUAUCUUUAACUGUUCUUCACUGUUUGAGUAUAAAUAAUAGUGACAAUCACCAUAGCUGUUGUCGAACAGAUUUAUUUCAUAACUUUAACUAGUUUUAAAGGAUGAUUAAAUUUUGGGCCUGACAAUUUCACUCAUGAAUCGGUGAGCAUAAGCAAGCUCUAUGCUCGAUUACGAGCCAUGCAGAAUACUUGUCAGUUAGUUAUUUCAGAACGAAACUCUGGUCAAGUUUUAUUGAAACCUGCUGCGACAGGAUGAGCAUGAUUUCUCUUCAAUAAAGUAAUAAGAACUGAA